AUGUCUGCCUACGGCACCUACUACUACUCGCUUCCAACCGAAGCACCCAAGCGCUCAAGAUCAGGCAGUCGCCGCCCAGCUCUGUCCCCUUCGACCGUCUCUUCGCCUUGUAUCACCACUCAUGCUCCCAUCAUCUCUCGACGGGACUCUGCCGGAUCGGCAACAUCGUCAAGCAGCCCUACCAAAGCAUCCGUCUUGCUCGCAAAGGUAGCCUCCUCGCCCACAACACCACGAGGCGAAAUCCCGUCACCAAUGGUCUCUCCCGAAUCGAGGAUGCACUCGAGCCACUCCAUGGAACGACCUAUUGUGUGGAGAAGCGAAAGUGACCGUUACGUCACCCAGUACAGGCAGCAGGAUGGUUACAUCAGCUUCCCGGAUUAUGAGAAGUUCUGCCAGAGUCAACAGUACGAUCAGGGUCACGCUGCUAUUAGGACCUGA